GACCUCCACCGCGCCUGGCUGCACACGGACCGCCCCUACCGCGAGGAGGACCUCCCCCGCAGCAUCAACCUCGAGGGCGACGCGGAGCGCCACGCGCACCACGGCGGCGCGGCCGAGCGGCGCCACGGCGGCGCCAAGGGCGGCGGCGACGCGGGCGCGGCGGAGCUGGAGGUGGUGCGGCUCAACGGGCGCGCGGCGCGGGUCAACGGGGCGGUGUCCAACGGGAAGCACAAGAACGCCAUCCAGCGGGCCAUCGAGAUCGAGGCCAACACGGAGGCCGACGAGCUGGGCGUCGUCGCCUUGUGA